AGGCCAAAAGGAAACUGGAUUUGGAAGGAGCAGGCCAGCGCUGCAUCCCGGAAUUCCGGACCCCGAAGGGCAAAGGACGGAUGCUCACUCACAUUCCAAGCCCUAAAACCCCCAAAUCACCGGGAGAGAAGACCCGCUAUGACACGUCACUCGGCCUGUUAACCAAGAAGUUCAUUCACUUGCUCAGCGAGUCAAAGGAUGGGGUUCUCGACUUGAACCAGGCUGCCGAGGUGCUGGAUGUCCAGAAGCGACGUAUUUAUGAUAUCACAAAUGUACUGGAGGGGAUCCAGCUCAUUCGUAAGAAGUCCAAAAACAACAUUCAGUGGAUGGGAACAGGAAUUUUCGAGGACUCGUCUGUGACCAGGAAGCAGCACUCGUUGCAGCAAGAGCUGAAGGACAUCUCCAAGACUGAGAGGAUGCUAGACAAGCUCAUUCGCGAGUGUACACUCCAGUUAAAACAUUUGACAGAUGAUGAAACUAAUCAGAGAUUAGCAUAUGUCACCUAUCAGGACAUUCGCGCCAUCAGCAACUUCAACGAGCAGACAGUGAUUGUGGUCAGAGCACCGCCAGAAACCCGGCUAGAGGUGCCAGAUAUUUGUGAGGAGAAUGUACAGCUCCAUCUUAAAAGCAGCAAUGGUCCCAUUGAGGUAUACCUUUGCCCGGAAGAAAUUCUGGAAGACAGCCCAGCCAAGGAGAGCAGCCUUCCAGUUCCAGCACACCAGGAGAGCAGCAGCCAUCUGGCCGUGAAAGCCGAGCCGGUGAAGCCGGAGUCUUCCAGUUGCCUGGCGGAGGGUGAAGAUGGCCUUCUCGAGCUGCCUCAACACCUUCUGCAGCAGACAGAAGACCAGCUCCCGUCAGCUUCCUACAACGAGAUGGGACCGUUUGUUAGCUUCUCUCCUCCCCUUGACCAAGAGGACUACCUGUGGGGUUUAGAAGAAGGCGAGGGUGUGAGUGACUUGUUUGAAGCCUAUGAUCUGGGAGACCUGCUGAAGAACUGAAGGCAGGAUGGCUUCUGAGUCUUCUUAUGGUGCUAAGAAUAACUUGUUCUCCAUGCCAGACCCUGAGUGUUUGGUUUGCAGCCUCUGCUUGCGUUUGGGCCUGGUAGUAAAGCAGCUGUGGAAAGGCCCACCGGUAGCUCUCUUCAACUCCAUUAAACCUGAAACAACCCAAGGACAUUGUGUGGCCAUUGACGCAAGCAAACGUGCCCAGAUUUGCCUUGGAGAAGUCUCUGCUGCCAUUUUCCUUUCAGGUUCAUAUUGUGGGUUCUGGAUGGCUCUUCCUCCAUCCCAUUUGUGGUGCAGGUGGAUAAUAACCUCAGAAAUGUCUCUGACAUUCCUGGAAACCCUUGGACUCUUAAUUUAGGGUGGAGUAGGCAUCCUAACUCACACCAGAUAUUUUGGACUUUCAUUCCUAUCUGCCCCAGUCAACAUGGCUGCUGGCCAAUCCUCGGGGCAGUGGGGGUCAUUGUCCCAAAUAUCCGGAGGGCACCGGUUGCCUACCCCAUGAGCCAGAGAACAAAGGGCCCUGUGGAUGAUUUCUAGAUUUUGAAGAAACUUGUUAAGCCAAAAGAGGUAAGGAGUCCCUGCGGUCCGUCUCAGAAAUGGUGGGUCUGCCUUUGGGGUUUUAAUGCUGCUUGGUAAAGGCAUGUUUUUCUUGCCACCCCAGUUCCCCUCUAACUAAUUAUGGUAUAGCAUGAUGUCCCUUUGGCAUCACUCCCAUUCGGUGAACCUUCUUACUGUAGAACUGGCCUCUGUGGUUUCUCGAAUAGCAAGCGCUCCCUAAAGAGUUUUUGUUUUGUCCUGGUUUAACCUAAAAUUCCCAGCAUGACCUAGUUUUGAAACAGCCAAGGCCACAUGUUUCCUAAUGCGAUUGCUUCAUGUGAUGCUUUAGUUCUGUAUUUCUUUCCGUGAGGGGCAAGAUCUGCCGAUGCUGGUGGACUGCAACACUCCUUAAGCCAUAGUCGGUGUCACCAUGGAGAGGAAGGCUGGGGUCCAACCAGAUCAGAAGGGCUGUAGGGUGGCCGCAACAGAAGGAACUUUCUCGUGUUUCACAUCGUGAGUGAAACAAGACAAGGUGGGCUAUUUUGCACAAAGCAGAAGAAGGCUGAAUUCUUCCUGAGCUGUAUGUAUUCCUGGCUACGAUCUGCAUAUAAGGAACUAAGCUGCACUUUUGGAAUUAGAUUGUUUCAGACGGCCAACUUAUCUGUUUCAUUUCACUGCUGAAGUUCUCUUUGGUUAACUGGCUCAUUUCUAGCUUCUGUGUAAUGUGCCAGGCCUUCUUUCUUAUACUAGCUUCAUUACAGGGGUUAAUUUCUUGCAGAGAGUGAUGUCUUAAUUGCCCAUGAUCCUGUGACACACUGGUUUCCCUUAUUCAAUGAUCCAGAACAGUCUACUAGAAUCUCUUAGGUAUUUCCCAAACCAAUACACUCCAGAUAGUAUUGGCUGAAGAAUGCGCUUUUUAAAGACUUGAAUUUAUUUUUUUUAUUCUGAUGGAUCCAGGCGUUUUUGACUCAUCCCCUAAAUCCUACUGGGCUCAUAUCUUAAUUCUCAGAGAAAUACUUAUUUUGUCCAUGGAAAACAAGCUGUAUGGCUGGUGGUCUCUCGUAUUUAACCCAGUAAUUGGACCAAUGAGGUCUCUUCUCUUCCCAAACAUACACAGUUCUACGGUUCCAUGCCUACCCUUCCUGAAUACACUCCUGUUUUUCUUGCAGUACAUAAAACAUGCUGGAUAUCAGUCCACUGUGAGCGUUCCCUGCUUUGCAGGUUUGGGGGAGAUAGCAGCGAAAGGUUGUCAAGCCAAGCAGCCAGUUCUACUAAAAGGCAUGAAAGAGAGAAAGGGGUCUGGUAUGAAAGGAAUUUGAGAUGCAGGACUGCUGACUUAGCGGCUGCCCUAUAAUUUGCACCAUAUCCUGAUUUUCUGUAAUCCCUCUACGUGAAUAUAUAUUUUCUCAGGGAAGAGGGGUUUCGUUUAUUUUGUUGCUUCUGACCAAAUACUGUGCCAGCUUUGGAAAUGGUGCUGAUGCACGCCUUAAUGCCCUUUUCUUACAUACCACAAACACACAGAGCCUUCAUGCAAUAAACUUUAAUGAAUUCUACCUAAAUUCUAUCACUCUAAAAUCUCAUUUGGAUUUAUUUUAAAUAGCAUUAUCUUUGCGCUGGACAUGUCGUGCAUUUGGCUUUCGUCCUUGCUUCCUUGGAUACGAGCCUUGCUAGAAUUUGGAUGGUGGCGGGACUUUAAUCAGAGGUCUUCUUCUCAAUUGGCAUUCAUACUAAGGAGCGUUGUGUGGAAAUAUACUGGGAUGCUAAAUUUAGCGUGGAUAAGACCUAUUUCCCUGUCACCUUGCCACAAGGAUGUUUUCCCCUCUAGCUUCUGCUGGCU